AUGUUCUCAGUGUCUUCAACACAGACUUUGAAAACAAGUGUUAUUAAACUAGAAGAGGGUCCAGGACCUGUAAUUAUCCCAGAGAGCAAAAGUGAAACUAACCCUCACGGAGGACAAAAGGAAUCUAAUAAGCAAGGAGGUAGCAACACACAAAGAAAAUUAGGGACCUUUGUUCAUCAAAGACAAGAAGGGUAUUCUAACAAGCCAGGGAAACUAGGGAGUUUUAUUCAGCAAGGGAAGCCAAGAAUUUUUAAUCAGCCUGGGAGUCUGCAAGAGAAUUCAGGAAAAUCUAACCAAAAAGGUAAUCCAGAAGUUUCUAAUGAGCAAGGAAAACCAGGAUCUUCUAGCCAGCAAGGAGAGCCAGGGUCAUCUAGCCAGCAAGGGGGUUCAAAGUUAUCUAGCGAGCAAGGAAAAGCAGGAUCUUCUAGCCAGCAAGGAAAAGCGGGAUCUUCUAGCCAGCAAGGAAAACCAGGGUCAUCUAGCCAGCAAGGGGGGUCAUCUAGCCAGCAAGGGGGUUCAAAGUUAUCUAGCCAGCAAGGAAAACCAGGAUCUUCCAGCCAUCAAGGGAAGUUAGAAUCUUCUGGCCAGCAGGGGGGUUCAGGGUCUUCUAGCCAGCAAGGAAAACCAGGAUCUUCUAGCCAGCAAGGAAAACCAGGGUCAUCUAGCCAGCAAGGGGGUUCAAAGUUAUCUAACCAGCAAGGAAAACCAGGAUCUUCCAGCCAUCAAGGGAAGCUAGAAUCUUCUGGCCAGCAGGGGGGUUCAGGGUCUUCUAGCCAGCAAGGAAAACCAGGAUCUUCCAGCCAUCAAGGGAAGUUAGAAUCUUCUGGCCAGCAGGGGGGUUCAGGGUCUUCUAGCCAGCAAGGAAAACCAGGAUCUUCUAGCCAGCAAAGGAAGUCAAGAUCUCCUGGCCUGCAAAGGGGUUCAGGAUCAUCUAGCCAACAAGGAAAACCAAGAUCUUUUUACAAUCAAGAAGAAGGAAAAAAUGUAGGCACCUCUUUGGAUGGCAAUAUGAAGGAGAUUCAGAAACACAAUGCCAGCAGCAAGAACCCACCUGAAUAUACAAAUUGUCAGUCUAUCUAUCAGCCAGUCUGUGGUUCUGAUGGGAAAACCUAUGGUAACCAGUGUGUAUUUAAUGAAGCAAAAAGGUUGAGCAAUGGAAAACUGAGUCUGGAUCAUAAAGGGAAAUGCUAA